UGCCAGCAGAAACACUAAAAUUCCUGUGUGGACUGUAGGAGUGAGAGCUGGAGUGAAGGGUAACAUUCGUGAAUAAGUGAGAAGACCUUAGCAGAAAACACCUAUAAGAAUAAAGAGAGGCAUUCAUAAGACUGGAGGAAACAGGUUCAAAGCAGUAAGGAGGAGUGUACAUUCUAAAGCUCAAACACACUAACAUCCAAGUGUGUUUGUUGGUCACUAAAUUGCUGCAGUGAAGCUUCAUCUAGUAAUUUACGGAAGAGAUGAACAACAGUGCUGAUCCAGACUGUGAGUCCACAGAACCGCUGCGAUAUCUCAGUAAGGAGGAGGCAGUAGCCAUGGAGACGGAGCUGCUGAGAGACUAUCGGUUUGGGCAGCAACAACUGAUGGAAAUUUUGGGACAUGCGUGUGCUGUUGCUAUCACUAAGGCCUUCCCGCUGGGCACUCUGAGUAAGAGGCAGCCCACCGUGCUAGUGGUGUGUGGACCAGAUAAGAAUGGCUGUAUUGGCCUGGCCUGCGCAAGGCAUUUGAGAGUGUUUGAUUACAUGCCGACUGUGUUCUACCCAAAGCGCUCUGCACACAGCCUUCAUCAAGACUUCACUGUGCAGUGUGAGAGAAUGGACAUCCCAUUCCUGUCCUACCUGCCCACAGAGGUGCAGCUUGUAAAUGAUGCAUACAACCUGAUUGUCGAUGCGGUGCUGGGUCCUGAGACGGAGCUGGGAGCAGUUGAGGAGCCCUUCACCAACAUCUUACUUACUCUCAGAGGAGUCAAAAUCCCCAUCGCCAGCCUUGACAUCCCCUCAGGCUGGGACCCUGAUGAAACCAGUACAGAUGGUCUCAGCCCUGCUGUCCUCAUCUCACUUAUGACACCAAAGAAGUGUGCCCUCAGUUUCUCUGGAACACAUUUCCUUGCUGGACGUUUCCUGCCCUAUGACAUUCAAAAGAAAUAUGACCUUAAUCUACCCAGGUUCUCUGGUACAGACUGUAUCGCUGAGCUACAAUAAUCAGUCUGUGCAUUACUUUCAGUAUUUUUUUUUAAGAAUUCCUUCCUGAAACCCGGUUUCACCUGUGGAUUGUUAAUUAUCCAGACGAGUAAAGAAAGCAAUACGAGUAGUUUCAAAUGUUGGAUGGGUUUUAUUGAGAGAAUGCUGUACUGUAACAACAUUACUGUCCAUCUGCUCCUCUUCACACAGACUAAAAACUGAAAAUUAAAACAGCUGCAUUAGCAAAAGGA